AUGUUUGGUCCUGUUGCAUCGGACCUCGUCUUGCUGACCGAUCUAAAGACGACUGCACAAGGGACGAAGGUCCGUUUCCUGGGCUGUGUCGACGAGUAUGUGGUCCAGGCAGCAACCCUUCGACUGAAGCACAACUACCCCGCUGCGAGUACCGCUGCAGUUGCAAAUGUCGACGUGGUCCAUGUAUUAGAGCGCAUCAAGAGCCAUGAAAUGAACGUUGGCGCGUGGAUCAACGUGAUUGGUUACGUUGAACGGCGCAAAGAGAAGGGUAUUUUUGUGCAAGCCAUCGCUGUCUGGGACGCCGGAAAUGUCGAUUUGAGCGCAUACGAGAAAGCUGUCGAGGCCAAGAAAGCAGCUGGAUGA